ACCAAAAAAAAAUAUAUUCAUUUUUCACUUCACUUCAUUUCUCUCUCGUCUCUGUCUCUGUCUUGUUCAUCUCUCUCGUUCUCUUUCUCUAGCCAUCGCCCGCCGUCCACCGCCCAACCGAUCUAAUCUAAGGCUCCCACUCUUAGCUGCUCAAUCUUAGGCUGCUCUCAAAUCCGCCGCACCACUCUCAUCCUCUCACUCUCUCUCGCAGCCCAGGCAGAACUUCAUUUUCCCCAAAUUCCAUAGUAUUAGAAAAAGAAGAGGAUGAUCGGAGUCGGAAAAAUGAAGCAGUACGGCAACGUCCUCGAUAAGCCCCUUAACAAGGGCAAGACUGAGGUUAGUUUGAGUGCAUUUGCGUUCUUGUUCUCCGAGCUUGUUCAGUAUAACCAAACUCAGGUCGACAAUAUUGGCGAACUCGAACGAAGACUGGAGGAUGCUGGAUAUGCUGUUGGGGCUCGUGUUCUUGAACUGCUUUGCCACAGAGAUAAGGGAAACAGAAGGGAGACACGAUUGUUGGGUAUUCUUUCUUUUGUGCACAGUACAGUGUGGAAAGUACUAUUUGGAAAGGUAGCUGACUCACUGGAGAAAGGAACUGAACACGAAGAUGAAUAUAUGAUCAGCGAAAAGGAACUCCUUGUAAACAAAUUCAUUUCUAUCCCAAAGGACAUGGGAACUUUUAACUGUGGUGCAUUUGUUGCUGGAAUAGUUAGGGGUGUUUUGGAUGGUGCUGGGUUUCCGGCUGUCGUAACAGCUCAUUUUGUGCCAAUGGAAGGUCAACAACGACCUCGGACAACAAUUUUGAUAAAAUUUGCUGAAGAGGUGUUACGUAGAGAAGCAAGAUUAGGCUGAUAUUCAUACAGAGAAUUAUCAAUUACGAUAUUUGUAAUGCUAAACGCCGAUAUAGAAAAGAUGUGGAACUUUAACCUCUGUGUGAAAAGUGUUUUAGGAUUAUGACAACCUACCCUUUUGAUAUGUGCUUCAAACUCGUCUCUCAUUCUAUUGUAUGUUAGUAUUAUGCUUUGAAGUUGGGAAUUGUUCUUAAUGUACUGAAUUAUAAUGUACAAAAUAUCUCAUGUUUAAUUUCAUUAUCUCUCUCA